AUGUUGUCUUGUUCACCAAAGAAAUCUCCGAGCUGGUCUCAACUCUGGCUCAAGAACAAGAAAGCCCUCAACCAUGUAGUCUUCACUAUGAAGCUCCAAUCUCUCUCCAAACCACCUCUCACCAAUCUCACCCCUGAAUCGAACAAAACCCUAGUGUUCGAUCGCUCAAAGCUCGUCUCAAAUCGAACCUCACUCCUCUCCGACGAGUUUCUCCUCCGAAUCCUCUCCAAACUCCCCCAAUCUCAGAGAAAUUCGAUUUUUCUAGUCUCCAAACGGUGGUUGAAUCUCCAAGGCCGUCUUGUUCGAUCCCUCAAGCUUCUUGAUUGGAACUUCCUCAUAUCGGGUCGAUUAUUUGCUCGAUUCCCAAAUCGUAUUCAUGUUGAUUUGGUUCAUGGAUGUUUUGUUUCGCCUCGAAACUCAGGUGUUCUGUUGAACCAUAAACUAGUUUCCGUCCACAUUGAUUCUAAUGUUUCUCCAAAUGGGUUUUUGUCCACAUUGCUUCCUUGUUCUCUUUCUCCUUUAGAACAUACAGAUACAGAUGAAUUUACCUUGAUUAAGUCUAUAGGUUCUUGUAGUCAUAUGUGCUUUGGAGGAACUGAAAGAAAAGCUUAA